AUGACCCGAUACUAUGAACGGGGCAUCAAGCUCCCCUUCCUACCGGAGUUGCGACUCAACUCUCCCUACUGGCAAAACGUCCUCAUCGGCAGUCUAGUCGGUGUAACAGCCGGUCUAUACGUCUCACUGAACCUCCUCGGCGCAGGAGGAGGCAAACCCAACUCCGCACAAACAGUCCAAGUCGUCAACGCAACCCUCUGCACGGUCUGGUUCUUCUCCGCCUCAUUCGGGGGUACAGUCCUCAACACCGUCGGGCCCGCGAUCACAGCAUGUCUGGGCGUGAUCGGGUACAUCAUCUACGUCGGCAGUCUGAUGUACUUCGACCAUACGGGGAAAAGCGGCUUUCCGAUCUUUGCGGGUGUCGCAAUUGGGAUAUCAGCUGGUCUUAUCUUCGUCACUAUGGGGUCCAUCGCAAUGUCCUACUCCGAGGAGCAGGACCGGGGGAUGUACAUCACCAUGUCGGUUAACCUACAGGCUGUGGGCUCUAUUAUCGGGGGUAUCAUCCCGUUGUUGAUCAAUAGAAAUUCCAAUGAAGCCACCGGUGUUCCAUCAGCUGUAUACAUCGUCUUCAUGGUGAUGAUGGGCGUCGGAGCAUGCGCUGCAUUUCUAUUAAUGCCUGCCUCUCGAGUCAUCCGUGACGACGGCACACAAGUAGCCACCCUCAAACCACGCGGCUUCGUCGACGAGCUAAAGGCAAACUUGGAGAUAUUCAAAGACUGGAAAUUGCUCGUCAUGAUCCCCGCCUUCCUCCCAGCAGAGUGCUUCCUCGUCUACGGCGGGUCAGUGAAUGCCUACCGCAACAACCUGCGCACUCGCUGCCUACUAUCCUUCAUCGCAGUGGUAAUCCAGGUCCCCUGCGGCAUCCUGCUACAGAAAGUCCUCGACAACAAGAACUGGAACCGCCGGACGCGAGCCUUCCUCGGCCUGGGCAUGGUCGGCAUCCCUCUCAUCGCCGCCUGGGUAUGGGAAAUCAUCCGAGUGCGAAACUACGACCGUCACGCUCCUCCAGGGGUAGGGCUCGACUGGACAGAGCCGGAGUUCUGGCCGAUCCUGGUCCUGUUCGUGCUGAACUGGGUGACGGGGUCGCUGUGGCAGUAUAUCGUGUUGUACUUCCUGGGCGCGUUGACGAACUCGCCGACCAAGUCGGCUAAUUAUGCAGGCGUGUUCCGCGGUUUCCUCGGCGCUGGAGAGGCGAUAUGUUUCGGGGUCGACUCGAUCAAAGUGCCGUAUAUGAAAGAGGCGGCUGUGAUUUUUGCGUUUUAUACAAGUGGCGUGCUGAUCUUUGCGUUUAUUGCGGCGUUUCAUAUUAAAGAUACAGAGUAUUUCAAUGGCGAGGACGGCGUGGUUAUUCCAAAGCAUGUUCUUGCUGAACACGGAGAGAAGGCUGACUCGACCUGA